AUGUCUUUUUCAAUAGCUGAGGAGGACCACAAACCGUUCCCCGAGCACAAGCCGCCCAAGAAGGAGGACAAGCCACCAAAGGGUAAGGGUGAGAAGCCGCCGAUGGAGCACAAGCCACCAUUUGAGCACCACCCAGAGCCGAAGCCAAAGGGGGCUCCUUUCCACGACAAGCCACCCAAGAAAGAGGACAAGCCACCAAAGGGUAAGGGCGAGAAGCCGCCGAUGGAGCACAAGCCCCCGUUUGAGCAUCCCCAGGAGAAGAAGCCAAAGGGCCCUCCUUUCCCCCACAAGCCACCCCACAAGCCUCCUCACAAGCCUCCCACUGAGAACUGA